GAUUUUACUGGACUCGGCUUUGGACGAGUCAGUGGCCCAAGUUAAGGAGUACAUCGCCAGGUUCGCCGCCGAAUGUCAGUCCUGGGAUCAGCUCUUGCUGCGCUACCAGGAGAGCGCCGAAGAAAUGUCCAGGCAGCUGGCGGAGUGCAAGCGGAACGGAGGCCGGGCAGAGCCGCGCGGUUACCUCCGGACCUCUCAGGCCGCCGUCCUCAGCAGCAAACCCAACUACCAGGAGAUCCUGGAUGAGCAGGCGGAGGUCCUGAGCUGCGUGGAGCUCGUGCUCGACGAACUACAGCAAGGGGUGAAGCUGCUGCAGGCCUUCAGCGAGGACAGCCGGCAGUACCUGCAGCGCCUGUCGGAGCAGCUCGGUAAGCGGGAGCGGGUGUACGUGAAGCUGGCGCCGCUGGCCGCCGCCGAGACGGCCGUCUUCGCCAUCAAGCUGAGCGCCAAGAGCAAAGCCCUCCCGCAGCACACGAAAAUAGGGGAAAUGGGGAGCUUUGCCGUCUGGUGUAAAAAAGGGCCGGUUCCGAAAUCCAGCCCCCAGCCCGUCCCCAAACCGCGGACGAUCGGCGCAGGCCUGAAGCAGCUCUCGCUCCAACCCCCUGACUCAGACCAGAAGUCGCCCCUGGCUCGCUGCAGCACCAACCGCGCUUCCCAGCACGAAUCUCUCUACGACACCUCCAACAUCUACGGCCUCUCAGCUAUGGAUGGCGUGCCCUUCGCCCUACACCCCCGAUUCGAAAGCAAGCUCGCUCCUGGCAGUAACGCUAUCCUCUCAGACCUGAACGUCAAGUCGCUUGCCGAUAUCGAGAAAGAGUACAAUUAUGCUUUCGUAGUGGAAAGGACGGCCGCUGCCAGGCUCCCGCCCAGCAUCUGCUAG